AUGAAGUCUCCCAUUCCCGACUACUUGAAUGCUUCGCUGGAGAAGGUCCGGCCAAUCGAGGAUGGCAAACCCGCUCAAUAUAUCAAGACGCUGGCCAAUGCAGACACGUCCAAGCUGGCCGUGGCACUCGUCAUGGUAGACGGCAAUGUCUACUCGGCUGGAGACGACCAGGUGGAGUUUUCGAUUCAGUCCAUUUCAAAAGCCUUUGUGUACGCAAUCGCAAUCGAAGACGCCGGGCUGGAGCGUGUCCUGGAAAAGAUUGGGGUAGAGCCAUCCGGCGAUGCCUUCAACAAAUUGUCGCUGCACAAAGGUAACAACCGGCCGAUGAACCCCAUGAUCAAUGCCGGUGCUAUCGCGGCGCAUUCGCUUGUGGUCCACCCCGACGCGACGGCGGAGGAGAGAACCGACCGCAUCCUCAAAACUUUAUCUAGGCUCGCUGGGCGACAGCUUCACGUGGACGAGGAGGUGUACGAGGCCGAGCUUGAGGAUGCCGACCGCAACAUGGGCAUCGGGUACAUGCUGAAGGCGGCGGGCAUCAUAUCGUGCAAGCCAGCUGAGGUUGUCAAGGGCUAUAUCCGCCAGUGCUCGAUCAACGUCAACGUCCGCGAUUUAGCCAUGAUGGCAGCCACCCUCUGCAAUGCCGGUGUGAACCCCGUCACAGGUGAAAAGAUCAUGCCAGCAGACAGUGUCCGCCAGGUGCUGUCGGUCAUGACCACGUGCGGGAUGUACGAUGCUGCGGGGCAAUGGGUGUCUCGAGUCGGCAUUCCGGCCAAGAGUGGUGUCGCCGGCGGAGUCAUUGGUGCCCUGCCGGGACAGGUUGGCAUCGCCGCCUUCUCGCCCAAACUGGACGACCGCGGCAACAGUGUACGCGCCGUCGCACUAUUUGAACUGUUGUCGCGCGACAUGGGAUUCCACAUGAUGGACGUCAGCCAGAUCGCCAGAGCCAGCGUGAGCACCUCGGUUGCGAAAAUCGUCGCCGGCAAAGACGACCCUCACCACCCCAACUGUGACCGACAGGUGGUCAUCUUUGCCCUGCGAGGUGCCGUCCGCUUCGCCGGCUCGGAGCGCCUUACGCGCGCAAUUGUGCGGGAACUCGGCGAGCCAAACCCCAAAGAUCCGGGGUCCGGGCAGCACCGGGACGCUUGCGCCAUCGUGAUUUCGCUCCGGGACGCAUUCUCCCUGAAUCUCGUUGCCAGGCGGGUCAUCCACGAGAGCAUAAAACGGUUGCUUGCCGAGAACAAAACGGUCGUGGUACUUGAUCCCAACGGGGUCUUACAGAUGGAUCUGGACAGCCUUCCAACCCACCAGCAGCCACGAAUUGUCGAAAGCGAACAGCAGGCGAGAGAAUACAUUGGAGGAGCAGGAUGUUCGGCCGUUCUCCAAUCUGAUAACUGGUAG